AUAAUUAUGUUCUUCUUGUUGAUUAUCAACAUCAGAAGCCAUCUUUUCAAUCAUCAACAUCAGAACAUCAGAAUCCAUGAUCAAAGAUAAGCUAUGGUCAUUAGAUUUUGAGAUGACAUGAAACAACAGAAGAGAGGUUGAUACAGAAAUGCAAUAAAAAAUAUAAAAAUGGAUUAGUAAACCCCAGGAGCAAGCAUAAUGUUUUAAGAUGGAAAUUUUAGAAACCAGAAAGGAUAACUACGCCUCUCGCUGCUGGUUAUUAUAAUGCAUUGAAUAGGAAAAUAAAAUCGCAAAAUAGGGAAACCUCUAUCUCCCUCCAUCUCUCCCUCCCAUUUUCGAGCAAAAAUAAAAUCCAAAGCUUUUUUCAUAUUCUUUGUUUUGAUCUAGUCUAUCUGGGACUAGAUCUUAGCAAGGAUCUUUAGUAUUUUAAGAUUUGAUAUUAGAUUUUUAUUUUAUUUUUACUAAGGUUUUAGAUAUAUUUGUCUGAUGGUAAUUCUAUCUUAUGUUAAUGAUUUUUGGUUCGUAGAUUUUCCACAAAGGACGACAAUUUCGGGUCAUCAGAAUACUCAUGUUUCAUUGAAGCAACUCUUAAUCAAGAAAAGAAUAUAUUGAUUCGAAGAUUCUUUCCUUAAUCUUGCAUCGUGUAACCAUUUCAGAAAUUAUGAAACUUAUUUUUCUUCAUAUCACACAACAUAAGGCUCUUUCCAGUAUUUCUGUUAUGAAAGAGUAUUAAAAUGAAAAGUGGGUGUGCUAAUCUCGCCUAAACCAAGUGGGAUCAAGAUGGGCCAUCUGAGAUUUAAUACGUAAUGUACACCAACUUUCCCCUAAGUGAGUGAACAGAACACUUGGUCCGAUAUUAAUGUAGGUUCAGUACUGACAGAGAGACAGAUGAUGACUUUAACUCUUCUCAUCAAUCUUCAGUACUUGCACUCUACCAGUUCUUCUCUCCUUUCUGCUGAAGAAGAAGAAAGAGUCUAGGGUUUUGAAAGAAAAGAGGGUUAGAGAGUAAAAGAAAAGAUGGGUUCCGGUGUAGGUGAAGCAUGUGAAAAAUGUAGCAAAAAAUGUGUAAUGAUUCAUCAAGGUAGAAAAGAUCCAUCACCAAUUGUUACUACCUUCUUUAAAAUCAUGCUCGGUGAUCUUUUUUCAACACUUCUGGUACCUUGGAGAACCAAGUUAUUAUCCUUGAAGAUGCAAAGGGAGAACAGUGGAGGGUAAAGUUAGCAAAAGUUGAUGGGUCGCUGGCUAUCUCGAAAGGAUGGAAUGAUUUUGUGAUAGACCACUCUAUAAAACUUGGGGACUUUUUGGUAUUCAGCUAUCUUGCUGACACAUUCUUUCAAGUCCAAGUUUUCGAAUCAACUGGCUGUGAGAAGUUUAGUUUCUCCGCGAAAACCAGAAACAACUUCAACAACAAUACGAAGUGCACCCCUACCAACAACAGUGGGGGAAAAAAAGUCAAGGGAAACGGUUCCUUUGGUGAUGCAAGUCGGGAUAGAACAAAUUCAAGUAGCUCAAAGUUCCCUGCUGGAAGAGCUGGUAAUUGUUCAGUGCAUGAACAAGGAUCAAACUCAACUAUUCAUUCUAGAUUUGAUGAUGAAAUACGUGAGAGGAGAAAGAGUGCCAAUUACGCAGAAAAUGUUAAGAUGGCAGUAGAAAGGGCUUCUGACAACCAUAAUAAGGAAAAGACAUUGCAACCUGCGACCCAAGUUGAAUGCACGGAAGUACCGUUUUACAUGUUUGAUAGGGGCUCGGAUAAACAAGGAACAAGUACAAGUCCUCUCUUUGAUUUGUCUAAUUUCGAAACUCCCAUUACAAAAUCAGGUAUGGAUGCAGCACAGAAAACGGCACCAGUGGCUCUUGAGAAAGAAACAUCUCCCCGUCCAUCAACAGACCACGAAAUGGAAGAACAGAACCAUGUGUUUGAUGAAGAAGCUGUUGGCAAGAAUAGAGGAAAUAGUGGAUUAUCUGUUGAUAUACCUGUUAUUGAAGUUCCUAAUAGUGUAAAUGACUUGGAACUGUUCAAGAGAACUUAAAUGUUGGAAAUCAAGAUAAAGUACCAGUGCUCGCUGAUGCAACUGAGGAAAUGCUAGCACUGGUUGAUAUACCUUCGGUUGAAGUUCCUGAUAGUGUCUAUGACUUGGAAAUGCCUGAGGGAAACUGCAACUCCAACAACCAAGAUGAAGUACAAGUGUACGCUGAUGCAACAGAGGAAAGUGAAGGACUUGCUCUUGAAUUGGAUGGCCAUGAGAUGAGAGAACAGUAUCACGUGGUUGAUGGCAAGAAUGGAGAGAAUAAUGUUCCACCCGUCGAUAUACCUGCUGUUGAAGUUCAUGAACGUGACUUUGAAAUGCUCGAGAGUGAAGAUAAAAUCCCAUUGGAUGCUGAUGAACUUUCUGGUCACUGCAAUGUCAUCAAACAACCCCUGCUCACCCCUGCAGUGGGUUUCUGUGAAAGCGAGAUGGGAAAUCUGAAAAUAUCAAAUGCGGCAUCAUUUAAAGACCCUCUUCUCGUGGAUGAACUUAAUGCUGUAGUUCCUGAUGUAGCACUGCUCGGAGACCAUCGUCCCCAAGAAAGCAGUAGAAGAGUGACUCGGUUUUCAUCUUCACUGCCACCUGGGCCCAGCAAGAAUCUUGUUACCAUGGAAGUGAAAGAUCGCCAGACUGGUAUGUUCUUCUCCAGUAAGCUCAAGGAAAAACAAGGAAGACAUACAACUUUUGUUAAAGCAGAGCCGGAAGAAUUUGAAGACGAAGCUUGCACAAUGGUAAAAAAAGAAAACAUUGAUUACAGUUCUCCCCUGUCACCCGAUGCAGCUGAUUUCUCAACUUCAGCUCCUGCAGAAACUCAAUCUUAUCUGGAGUUGGCAGUAGAUCUUCCAUGGUUUGCUGUCAGGGGAAGGAAGCCUUCUGGCAAAAGAAUUGUAGUGCUCAGAGAUUCUGCCAUGAGAAAGUGGCCAGUAGUCUACCAAGAGAGAUCCAGUUUCAGAGUGUUAGCAAGUGGGUGGAAAGCAUUAGCAGAAGCAAACAACCUCCAAAAAGGAGAUAUCUGCCUCAUGAGUGUGGAAAAUGCAUCCGAAAGGUUGCUUCAAUUGGAAAUUAAAAGAAAGUAAACGAGUUUCAAGUUAUCUGA